UGCGACUCACAAAUGAUUCCGGGCAGGUUCUUAAGCGGAAGUGUUUACGGCGUCGUGCACUGCGUGAUUUAUAUUGAUAAAUAUCUUCUUCUUAUUCUUUAAUAAUGCCGUAUGCUAACCAACCUACGGUGAAAAUCACGGAACUCACCGAUGAAAAUGUCAAAUUUGUCAUUGAAAACACGGAUCUGGCAGUCGCCAAUUCUAUCCGUCGAGUCUUCAUGUCAGAAGUUCCCACAAUAGCAAUUGACUGGAUCCAGAUUGACGCCAAUUCAUCCGUCCUCCACGAUGAGUUCAUCGCACACAGAGUCGGUCUGAUUCCCCUCACCAGUGAUGACAUUGUGGAUAAAAUGCAGUAUUCCAGGGACUGUACCUGUGAGGAUUUCUGUCCAGAGUGUUCUGUAGAGCUGACCCUGGACGUUCGAUGCACUGAGGAUCAAACUCGUCACGUCACCUCUCGUGAUCUGCUGUCCAACAACCCCAGAGUCAUUCCGGUGACUUCAAGGAGCCGAGACAACGAUCCAAACGACUACGUCGAGCAAGAUGACAUUUUGCUGGUGAAACUUCGUAAAGGUCAGGAGCUUCGGCUCCGAGCUUAUGCAAAGAAAGGCUUCGGGAAGGAGCACGCCAAGUGGAAUCCAACCGCAGGGGUGUCCUUCGAAUACGACCCGGACAAUGCACUGAGGCACACGGUCUACCCUCGACCGGAGGAGUGGCCGAAGAGUGAGUACUCAGAGAUCGAGGAGGAUGAAGUCCAGGCCCCCUAUGACCCCAACGGAAAACCAGAAAGGUUUUAUUACAACGUGGAGUCGUGCGGCUCUCUGCGACCCGAGACGGUGGUCAUGUCAGCAUUGGCCGUCCUAAAGAAGAAACUGAGCGACCUGCAGACGCAACUGAGCCAUGAGAUCCAGAGUGAUGUUCUCACCAUUAACUGAAGGCGUUCUCUUAGGUUUAGACCCGCAUUAGUGCAGCUUUGGCUGAGCUCAGUCAGUCCUUCCUGCUUUCUGCUCUCAGCUCUGUGCUGUGUUUAAUGUCUGUAUUCAUGUCUUUGAACCUGUGGGGGAAUUGAAAAGCAGCUGAAAAUCCACUUCCUGUUUCAGGAAAAACCCUCAAAUGUUAAGAAAAUGGUGCACAGACUCACAUUAAUAUCUGUUUUGUUGUUGUCCCAAUUUUAAAUAAAUAUGUUUUAAAGAC